AUGUUUCAACGACUUAUCAGAUAUCCAAUACAUUUUUUUGAUAUUAAUCCAAUUGGUCGUAUUCUUAAUCGUUUUACAAAAGAUGUAGCUAUUAUGGAUGAUAAUCUUCCAUUGAAUAUGUUCGAUUUUCUUCAUUGUCUAUUUCAAGUUUUGGGUGCAAUAACUUUAGUUGGAAUACUUAAUCCAUUGGCAUUUAUACCAGCUGUAAUGGCUGCCAUUGCUAUGUUAUUUUUAAGAUAUUUAUUUGCUCAAUGUUUACGAGAUCUUAAACGAAUUGAAGGUGUUACAAGAAGUCCUGUUUAUUCACAACUAACAUCAACUAUUCAUGGUCUUAAAGUUAUACGAUCUUAUCAUGCUGAAAAUAUUUGUUCGAAUGAAUUUCUUCAUAAUCUUAAUGAUAAUACACGUGUUAAUUAUUUGUUAAUUACAACAAAUCGAUGGGCUGCUAUACGUUUUGACUGGAUUGCACUUUGUUUCAUCGUUCUCGUUACAUUACUAGCCAUGAUUGUACGUCUUACACAACGACAAUUUUCAGCUUCAGAUAUUGCUCUCACACUUUCAUAUAGUCUUAAUCUCAUGGGUCUUCUACAGUGGACAAUCAGACAAUCAGUUGAAGUCGAAACACAAAUGACAUCAGUCGAACGAAUACUUGAAUAUUGUGCACUUGAUCAAGAACCACCUGCACAAGUAUCACCAAAACAUCGUCCACCUAUAAAUUGGCCAUCACAUGGUGAAAUUAUUUUCAAGAAUAUUUGUAUGUCUCAUUCGAAUGAACGAGAUGCACCUCUUGCUCUAAAUAAUAUUUCAUUAACUAUACGAGCUGGUGAAAAAAUAGGUAUUGUCGGAAGAACAGGUGCUGGAAAAAGUUCAUUUAUUCAAACAAUAUUUCGAAUGGGUACAAUUGUUAAUGGAGAAAUUAAAAUUGAUAAUAUUGAUAUAUCAACUGUUGGAUUAGAUGAUAUUCGACGUCGAAUUUCAAUUAUUCCACAAGAUCCUGUUCUUUUUACGGGAACAAUGAGAAAUAAUUUAGAUCGUUUUGGUGAUUAUUCAGAUGCUGAAAUAUGGUAUGCACUUGAACAAGUACAACUUAAGAAAUUAGUUACUAAUGUUAUGCCUAAUGGUCUUCAUUCAUUUGUUAGUGAAGGUGGUUCAAAUUUAAGUGUUGGACAAAAACAAUUAGUAUGUUUAGCAAGAGCUAUAUUGAAACAGAGUAAAAUACUUGUAAUUGAUGAAGCAACAGCUAAUGUUGAUAAUGCAACGGAUGAAUUAAUUCAACGAGCUAUUUGCGAACAAUUUAAAAAAUGUACAGUAUUAACAAUAGCUCAUCGAUUACGUACAGUAAUUGAUAGUGAUCGUAUUAUGGUGCUUAGUCAUGGAGAAUUAUUGGAAUUUGAUUCACCUUUUGUAUUAUUAUCUAAUCGUGAAUCUGAAUUUACAUCAAUGGUUAAUCAAACAGGUGCGGCUGAAGCUGAACAUCUUCGAAUGUUAGCAAGUAUUGCUUCAUUAAAAGUCAAAUGCAUGGAUAAGAAUCUCAACGACGAUAAUGAUUUAUCGCCAGAAGCGGAAGAACGUGAUCCUUUAGUCAUAAAAAGAAAAUCUCUGUGA